AUUAAAUUAAUGGACGAAGAGGGGGAAGUGGGAAGGAAUGCUUAGGGUUAUUUUACAAGUGUAUAUCUAUCUCAAAAGGCAGCAACGACAAAUACAAUAGAAACGGGUGACAGUCAUUCCAUUUACUGCGUCCAAUGGAAUUUGAUGAGCAGACUAGAAGUGAAGGGCUGGACACAUCAACUAGAUUUCAUCGCUUAGUGUACUCAGAGAUAGAAGAGAUUGGAUGGGAGCAUCUAGGGAGAUUGGGUGGUGACCUAACAUUUCUUAGCCUUCGUAUUUUAGAUAAGAAGGACAGAGUGCAUUUUCUUGAAAUACAAUUGGACACAACCUACCCCAAAUGCCCACCCUCCAUUUCAGCAGACGUGCCUUAUAUUUUUGAUUUAGAAUGGUCAGCACACUCAAGGUUGAAAAAUGUGGUGCAACAGUUCCAGGAGCAUCUGGAGAAGCUUCAGGAAUUUUGGUCUACUUUGGAGGAUAUUGAUAAAGCACUUUGGGUUGACCAUAAGAUGUCAUCCUUGGCAAUGUCCUCUCGUUCUAUCAAUAUAGGGAAUGAUUGCUUCAUUAUCUUGUCUAUUAAUGUCAUCGACCCUAGAUCUUUACCCGAGAUUCGUUUUGUAGGUUCAGGUCAACUUGUCGACACGAUGAGAAUGAAUUGGCAAAGAAAUAGAAAAAAGUGGAAGAAGGAUAUCUCAUUUGUUGAGAAUCUAACAUGCCUUCUGGAGACUCAACUGCCAAGUUCCCCAGUUGCCCAAAAGAAUGACCAGCAAGAUGAAUGUGGAAUUUGCUAUGCUCAAUGCCUUCCAGUUGAUGGGGAGCUUGGAGAUAAGAGUGGGAGUGGAACCGACUACAUGUGUGAGAAUACCAGUUGCCACAAGGCUUUUCAUAGCAUUUGUCUUGGUGACUGGUUGCGCUCAAUCACCACAACAAGACAGUACGUUGAGAUUAUUCCCCCAACUCCGUUUCAUUAUUGUACCAAUUUUAGAAGGUCAUUUAAUGUUCUGUUUGGAAAUUGUCCAUAUUGCUCAGAACCGGUUGCAGUAAAGACUAACGUUGCCAAGCAAUAGAACCAUUUCAUCAAGAUCUGUUGUAGGUCUCUUCUGGUUAAACACUUAGAAGAUGUCAAACUACAUGUAAUUCAACGUCGUUUUGGUUUUUUUUUUUUUGGGUUUCAACUCUUUUAUUGAAAUCUAUGUUGAAUAUUAUUAACUAAAAAAUCGAUUAUUGUACUUUCUAUUGCUUGACACGCUGACCUGUUGUAUAUGUACUAACUUCUUUGGUA